AUGAUUGGUAAUGAAGACUUCAUGCAAGUUUUUAGUCAUGAAGAAAUCGGCGUCAACGUUGUCAAUACAUAUAUUAGGUUUUUGUAUGACAAAUUGAUGCGCCCCAAUGGUUUGGACGUGUCAUUCGGAUUCUUAGCACCCGCGACCGUCAACUUAGUUUUAAUCUUAAAUAGACCGGAUACCGUGACGGAGUACGUUCUUCGGAUCCUCAUGGACAAUAAAGAUGCGGAGAAGUUGUUUUUUAUACCGUUUAAUACCGGUGGACAUUGGUUGUUGCUCGCAAUCAAUCCUAUCCGAGAAAUUGUGUAUUAUCUUGACUCGUUAGGAAAUGAUUGGACAACAUACCCGGAUAUGAAGGUCCUAAUUGACACCGUCCUACAAGCUUUUCGGGCCCAACGAGUUAUCCAAACCUCAAGGAGGGAUACUGAGCUAAUAAAUGUAAUUGAGGCAUUGAAGGACUCAAAGUGGAUGCAAGCAAUGAAGGAGGAACUGAAGUCCAUAAAAUUUUACAAUACCUUGUCACUAGUCGAAUUUCCACAAGGCAAGAAGGUAGUUGAUGUGAAGUGGGUUUAUAAAGUGAAGUUGAAUCCAAAAGUAGAAGUAACUAGAUGCAAAGUAAGACUUGUAUCCAAAGCACUUCUUCAGAGAGAAGGAAACAACUUUUAUGAAUCUUUGCACCAGUUGCUAGGAUCAAAACAAUCAGAUGAAGGGGUUUAUGUAGCACAACCAACCAGUUUUUUGAAAGCAAUAACAAGAAGGAAAGGUAGAUGCAAGAAGGAGAAUGGAGACUUUAAAGGUGAUAUGAGCAAGUAG